AUGAUCCCUGCUACACAGCAGCAACAUGUUCUCUCCCAGCUACAUGAAGGCAACCAAGGCAGUGAGAAGAUAAAACUACGAGCUAAAGACUGCGUCUACUGGGUUGAAAAGAUACGUUCUGAAGUAGAUAACGUUGCUAGUGCUGGUACACCCAUUAGUGCUGGUACACCCAUUGAACAUGGGGAUAAUAACCGAUUGUGUUGCACUAUGUCUUGCUUUGAGCCUGUUACUGUAGAUGAACUAACUAGCCUUGUCAUGAAAUGUCCAUCCAAAUCCUGUAAUCUUGACCCCAUGCCCAUGCCAGGAGAUGCUGUCUGUGCUCUGCUUCGAUUGUCCCAGUGUGUCCACGAGCUUCAAUCUUGGAUGACAUCUAAUAAACUCCGGAUGAAUCCAGACAAGACGGAGUUCUUCAUUGCGUCUCUCCUGCUCACUUCAAACAUCUCCAAAAUUUCACUUUUAACAUUGAUGGCAUUGAAAUUCACCCUUCUCUCUCGGUCACGCCUUGUAUCCUUUGGAGCCUACGAGGAACCUCUUCAAGUUUCUCAAAAGAAGGCUUACCUCCAAACUGGCCACGCCUACCAGUUUCCCUGCACAGUCAUCAGGCCUGGUGAAUCGGUAUCAAUCGUCUUCUGGUUAAGAGGAGAAAGUCUGGAUCCCGCCUUACGUGACGUCAUUCUUCGCCAGGCAUAUCCCAACGAUGGUCUGAAUUUUGCAUUGGACCGGUACCAGAUUUCUUCUUCCUACGGAAUCAUCAUUGACCCAGUGAACAUGACUGACACCAAUAGGUAUUGGUGUAAAACGGUGCGCAAACCUUCCAAUCAGUUCGUGGAGGACUAUCUGGAUGUGACAGUUGUAGAUAAGACAUUCCCUAAAGAUAAUGACUCGAUCGUCGAAGAGACUUCUGUAUCGCUGAGCAUCGAGAGUGAAAAUACGAUUCAAUGCCCACUACUCCCGCAAGCACCAACUGAGACCGAUACCACAGUUUACUGGUCAAUCUUGACGGAUAAUGACAAACAUUUUGGAAUUAUUUUUGCCAAGUUUGCAAACGGUGAUACAUUGUCAGUUCAAGAAUUUGCUGGAACGCACGGCCCGGAGGGAAACAAUGGAUUAUACAUCAAGAGUUUCAAAAGAAGAGACGAAGUAUAUUGUUGUCACGUGUUCGAGGAAGGGAGCGACUUAAGAACCGCAUGUAUCGACGUGACCUGGCUUGCUUUAGCAACCGAAAGGCGUCCCACAAUUUUAGACUGCAGCUCUACGGGCGAAGGUUGUGAGGUAGAAAUCAGUCCAUACCAAAACUGCCUGCACUUCGAAUGUUCUAUCAAUGAGGUCUACCCAAAGCCCACGCUUAUCUGGUCGUACACAAACUGCAAAGAAAGUCCAACCUUCUUCACAACUUUGUCAUCAGGGAAAAACGAGACCAAUGACGUUUUCCAUGUACAAUCAAACGUUUACCUGUUCGACUUGCAAAAGUCGCUUAACGGUUGUAGUUUGCUCUGUACAGCUCACGGUGAGGCCAUUCCGGACCAGACAAAGCCAGCAAGUGUAAUCGUUACUCGUCUUAGUGAAACUACAACAACCCAGAUGGUGACGAGCACCUGUACCUGCCCCGGCUGCAACUGUUCCGGUUUCGGUUUUACUCUCUUCGUGACAAUCGUUUCUCCUGUGGUUUUUCUCUUGAUCACUGUCAUGCUGAUUUGUCCAAAAAGUCAGCAAUUUAUUCAAAAUCAUGUCAGUGACAUCCCAACCCUGCCCUGGUUUCAUGAACAGUGUACCAAUCUUGAGACAGAUAAUCUUGAGACAGAGAAUCAGUCGUCAUCCGAAGAAAGACAACCUGUCGAGACAUCAUUCUUGAUGCCUAGUACCGAGGAACAAAAGACCGCUAGUGAGAAGAAGGAUGUAUGCCUCAAGAACGGAGGAAGCGCAGAAGUUGAUCUAACAGAUGUACACUUCAUUUGGAAUUACAUUGGACAGUUGGUCGCCGAGGCUGCUUUGCAGGAGGACAAUAUGAGUGGAUUUGAAGCUGUAAUGGAAGUCAUAAGUAUCCAAGAAGGCGGCGUGGUGAUCAUUGAUUCAAAAGGCUUGCACCUAUUCACAGCUGAGUAUCAUUAUCGGUUUAUUAACCUGUAUGGAGCUUUUAGUGACAAAGGUUACAUAUGCGUAGCAUAUUUUACGAAAGACAAGUUACUGUUUGGAUUACAAUGGGGUAAACUUGUGAUUUUUGAUAUCGUAAAUGAACAGGUCACCAACUUUGGCUCCGUCACCCCAGUAAAAGAUAAGAUAGUGCGAUUGAAUGGCAUAGCGGUGGGUAGUUUGGGGUAUGUGCUUGCAAGUGAUGAGAACGGAAAAGCAAUAUCAAUUUUUGAUCAUGAGGGUGCGUGUUUGAAACGCUUUGACACGCCAAGUGUCGAACCAGGUUCUCUGGCGCUUCAUUUUCGUAAAGAAACCUUGAGCUUCUUCGUCACUUCGGGUCAGGUAGUAAGGAAGUAUCAUACUUGGGGAGAGAAAAGGCAAUCCAAGAUAUAUCAUGCUCACCAUUUUGACAUCAACAAAGAAACACUGGAAGGAAAAGAAUUCAAACCUGGCUAUAUAUCAGUGCAAGAAGACAAACUUUUGGUUGUAAACCAUCUGCAUGAUCCCGAGGUACUGCAGAUUUUACAAUUAAACGUUAACAACGGAAAAUUCCUGCAUAGCAUUAUAGCUAGGGCACCUGGUAUUCGUGGCGUGAAGUUCAUCAGUGGAGACAGGAUAGUUAUGUAUACUGGUGACUCAGUACACGUACUUCAAAAGGGCAGUCCAAAACAAAAAUAGUCAUAGAUGAAAACGUUUUCUCACACAAGAUCUGGUUUGACAGUACAGAUAAAAUAAUAAUAUUGCAAACUUCAAACAGGCAUGUUUUGGGAGCCUUCUAACAACUUAAUGUGAUUUUGGCAAGCACAGACGCUGUUGCAGCUAAUUGAAUGGUAUUUAAAACGGCAUUUAAAAAAAUAUCCCCAAUUGAAAUAUAUGUUUUGGGCUUAGGAGGUAAUUUGGUGUCAACACACGAAGUUCAGGGCGGACAAUGAGUAGUUAUUUACUUGAAAUAACAUGAGAGGGCUUCAGCCAAGUGCAUUAUCCAAAACUGAAGUAUAUGUUUCCGAGAUGUAAAGUAGUAUAAUGUCAGUACAUGAAAUUGGGGGUGACAAAUAGUUUCGUGCAAUAACAUGCGAGGGCUUCAUUAAAGAAACACUCAAAUGCCCAGUUUUCAGAAUUUUAUAGGUAAGCGUACGGUUGUGCGUUUUCGGAAAGAGGAGAUCCCUGAUUCUUCGCCUUUUUAAUCUUCAUAAAAAGUAGUACAGAUUGGUACAGACUAUAUAUUACAGAUUAGAAAAAGUGUUAUAUAGUACUAACAAUGUAUACUCUGUAUACUGUGUAUAGCGUACUAUUAUGUAUAUACAAUAUAUAAUGUGUAUAUAGUAUCAUACGUAUUUAUUGUAAACAGAUAUUGGUUUUAUUUACCAGCGUUAUGUUCAGAGGCACUGCUAUGAAGAAAAAAAUGUGGGUUUUUUUCUUUAGUUACAACUCUUGUUACCAUUUUAAUGAUUUACAGUGUGGUAAUAGGGUACCGUAUGUGUCCCACUAAAAAUCGUAUGCAAAACUUAUCGUCAACUCCUAUUAUUCUUCUUUCUUAAAUAUAUUCAAAUCUUACUUAUAGCCCACAAAAUGCAUUUUUUUUAUUCAUUUAAGCUAUCAAUAAUUUAUAGUGAUCUUUGAAAACGAGUUCUUUAAGAGAAAAUAGCGCACCUUGCGUUUGUAGGCUACUCUGGAGAAGCGAAACACAAACACGACAGUGCCAGUUAAUAAAGGGUAAUAACACGCGUAUAAUAAAUAAUUAAAUUGAUAUAUACAUAUAUAGUUAACAACAUAAUAUGGAGGGAAUAACGGGAAUUAUGUUUAGCUGGUUAUUGAAUCUGAUAUUGAUUUAAGCACAAUUCUUCAAUUUCCCAAUUUCCUCUGCCUUUGUUUUUAACCUGUUGGUUUAGUUUUUGAGAAUUAUUUAGAAGCGUGCAGGGUUUUCAUUUGUUUAUGUUAUAAAUACGUAUUUAUUACAAUCAGUCUAAUCUUAAUGUCAUUAGCUAUUCUAUUUUUUUUUCUAUUUUAAGUAAUACCACAAACAAAUCGGAUCGAAUCGAAUCAAACAAAUCUGUUACCAUUUUAUUAACAAUCUACGCAGUCGAAAGUGGUCAUAUUCUCAGUUGGAAAUUAUACAAAAAUUGUGUUUGCGUUCAAAGUACAUCACCAAAAAGUGACUAUUCAGAUUAUAACAUUCAUUCCACUUGAUUAUCUCUUGUAAAGAUUUGUUUAGUUCUGGAAAUGAACAUGGCAGUUGGUAGCCUAUUACUGGAGUAGUGAAACUCAAACACUUUCGACUGCGCAACAGUGGCGUAGCCACGGGGGGACCAAACAUAUUGUCCAUGCCCCUUAGUCCCCCCUCUAAAAUACUGAUAAUACCCCUUGUCCUUUCCCAACCAAAACAUGUGGUAUUUUUUGUUGAGUUGUAUGUUUUCAGUUAGCUGAAGGCUUACUGUUUAAAGCGUCUUAUGUCAAUCCAAAUCGAGGUAUAAGCCCCAGCUACGCCACUGUUGCGCGAGUCGAGGGUUAUGUCACUUUUGACCCAUGUUUACUGUAAUACAUGUAAAUGUAUAUUUUACGAUAUAUACAAACAUCGUGUGAACCUUGAACCUAAAUAUACAUUUUGCUUGGUUUGUUUUCCAAGCAUAAAAUAUUUAUGUAUAAUUCUAACGAAACAACUAGAUUGGUUUCAUCGAGCCAUGCUUUCCAGUGGCCAACGAGUAUGUAGUAGUUUAUAUUCUCCUCAUUAACCUAGUUACAUUUUUAUUUAUGUAUUAUUUUUAUUUUUAUAUUUCAAGUAUUAUUUAUGUCUUUUUUUAAAAAUACCUACCUGCCUUUAGUGCUUGAAUGCAUGAACGCGCGUUUUAUUCUCAUGUACGCUUUUUUGUGGGAACCAUGUGGGAUGCUUCCCACAUGGCUACGUGGCUCUCAUGGGAGAGCGCACAUGUGGGCGAUGCGUGGCGUCGUUGGGUCCGAGGUCUAUUGCUUUUCUUAUUUUUUUAGGGAAUGUGUUUUUAUUAUCUGGUUUCCAUCUAAGUUAUUCGUUUGCUUAUUUAUGUUUAAUUUAUUUCCUUACUCAAGUUCAGAUCAUUACUUGCUUUUAGUGUUUCAGUUGCCUGCAUUUCACUUGCUUUUACCUUAUUUCUUUUAGAAAUAUACAAUGUCUUUAUUGAAAUUUAUUUGUUUUAUAGUUGUUUACUUGUCUUUUCACUUGAUUUCACUUUUGUCUUGUUUCUCGUAAGCAUGCUUCCCUGAUAAUAUUACCACGCUUGUUUCACUUGAAACAUUAAUUAGCUGUUUCGGAAUACAUACCCCAAAACAGCUGUUGUUUUCUUUAUUCAAUAAUAUCCCAUU